GUGCGAUCCGUGGGAGAGUUGAUCAAUGUCUUCGAACCGCUUCGCAUCAACAGCAGGUCCAGUACACCGGCGAAGUAUGUCGUCCAAAAACGCAAAAAAACGAAGGGCGACGACGACAAACGACAGCCCGCGACGUGGACCACCGCCGGCGGCGUACUAUAAGUACCAUAGUGACAGCGACUGCGAGGCAGAGCUCGACACACAACAGAUGAUAGCUGAUCGCGAGGUGUGCAACAGCGUUGAUGAGGAUCAGCGUCAACGGGCGGCACUCCUCUUACGCCAACUGAUGCUGAUCGCGGAGCGAAGCCCGGACCAAAGCCCAUCAGCAAUGCUCAAGCAAAUGCUGUGCUUGGUGGGGCCAGUUGCUCCUGGCAUGCCGAGGGACCCGCGAUCCGUGUUCGAGGGGCCGUGGGACAUCACGCCCAUACAAGAUGUCCCUGGCCUUUCUGAGCCUGGGUCCUUCUGGCAGCGUGAUGUGAAAGACGCAAUACGUGCACAGACCUCAGCGACAGGUCCUAUAGAGUUGGAUAUCUUCGUCGGUAGGGCACCGUUUAAGAUGCUAGGCAAUCCCAAAUUGACGUCAUGGGUUGUACUAGGACGGUUGCGCGAAGCCAAAAAACCACCGGGCGAACCUUUCGUCCUGAGUGUGUUUUCUGGCAGCGGUAAACCAAGCGCGCAGGUGCUACUCGGUCCACUCUGCGAACAGUUGCGCGAAUUGCCAACUGUUAAAGUUAGAGUGCUGCUUGCAGACGCUGAGGCACGCGUGCUCACGAAAGAGACGGUCACUCAAAAAGGGUACUAUGGGUGCCAUAAGUGCAUCAUCGAGGGCGAAAAAAUCGACGACAAUGUGUCCUUCCACAGCGACACACCCUUCCCCGCACGAACGCACGCUAAAUUCGUGGGCCAUCGCGUCGCUGUUUGGCAUCAACCGAUGGCUCACUUCGUCAGCGUGCCCGGUAUCCGAUCUAUAUGUCAAAUCACGGACAAAGUGCUGCAAAAAGCUGAAGAAUGGACUUCCAAGACAAUGGUGAAAUCGGUCAUCUUUGUUAUUCACAAUGUGGCUACGAAGGAGAUUGUCGAACGCUGGGACGAACUGAAGUACGAAGAGGGAAGUCCGUCUUAAGACGGUCAAGUGUCUUAUAAGCCGCUGCCAAAGAUACAAGCCGAGGUUCGGGACGUAAUGAGACAGAUUACUUCCACAAUUGGCUUUCUACCGAUUCUCGAGCAAACUUGUGCGUUCGAUGUGUACAUCGAGCGGGACGGAGGUGAUCUGCCCGAGAAGUGGGAGGAAAUGCCCGAUGUAGUAAUUAGCAACAGCCAAACAGUGAAAAUGUGUGCCUUCUCAACUGGAAUACACGAGCUUGGCAAAGCUGAUGCCGUAGUGCAAGGCGGCGGCAAACAGUACGCACUCAUUCAUUUUUCCCUCCUAUCCACUUCUUUACACUUUUCAUGCUAA